AUAUUUCUUUCUGUUCUAAACACCUGUUUUGGUUUAAUAUAUACAAUAUUAUGCAACGCAAUAUUUGACCACAGCUAUACCAGAAAACGUGUUGUAAUCAAGCUGCUUAUAUCAGCAAAAAUCUUACAAUAUCUGUGAAUUGUUUACUUUGAUUGCCAUUAUGGACGAAAAAAAUGAAGUAAAUGGAGAAUUGGAAGACGCUGAACUUACUAAUGGUGAAGCAGUAAUUGAAAUUACGAUUCCUGACGUCGAAACAGCCCAACACUUUCCUGUCGACAAGUCAAAAGGAGCAGACGAAACUGAACCCGACUUCAAUGAUGUGAACAAUAUAAAUGACGCCGAAACCGACUCGAAGCCCGCAGUGCAAUUCGUAAAAAAGAAAAGGCAUAAAAAGGUUUCCGAAACGCAUGUCCAUUUUUCACAGUCUGUUAUGAAGAAAGACGAUGCGGGCUCAUCAGUAGUUACCAUCGCUCGAUCAACUGUAGAUGAACCAGAUGUGUCAAUCAAGCAAUUGUCUGCCCAAAUUCCUACUAGUAGACCCAAUCAAGAUUUCAAAGAAAAAUGGAAAUACUCCCUGAUUGGAUCAUGCUUUUCCAAACCAUACCGUGUUCCCUUUAUCACGCUGUUUUGUCCAGUGUAUACGGAAUAUAAACUGGCAAGGAUCACUUCUAAUUUCCAGAAGGCCAAAACUAUGCUGUGGAUGUUCGUCACUUUUUGGCUAUCAGCUGCUUUGAUUUGUGUCGUCACUUUUGCUUCAUUUAAUGACAACCUGUCUGGCUUCAUCAAGUACUCCCUUCUCUCCUUCUUCAUCUUCCUCAUGCUGUUCACAGCACUUCACCGCCUCCUCACUGUGUUCCGCUUCAGAGUCACCAUCCGACACUUCUUCGCAAUCAAAGGCUCAUUUCUACGAGACCUCAUUGAGGUGACCUUUUGUCGUCCGUGUGUGCUGUGUCAGAUAAUGGGGGAGUUGGAGAAGCAGAGGGAGCUGAGAGGGUCAGUGGGCAACUUCAGAAUAUCAGUGCACUACGAGCACGCCCCCAAAGCAUGAAUUGAAAAGCAAAAGCAUCAAUGGACAACAGCAUAAACCUUUUGAAGGAAUGAAAUUGAGACCUUGAAUAAUUGAUACUGUCAUGUGAAUGAUUUCUCAAAAAAUUUUAAUUUUAGUUAAA